AUGGGCAUCACAAAAACCCUCCAACGCCUCCGCCUCCUCCGCCCAGAUGAAUGGGACCCCCCAACGCCCCUAAACCACCUCCUCACCAACCUCCAAUCCUUCCCCCUUUACAUAAUUCCCAUCCCCCUCCCCCUCCUCCGCCUUGUUAUCUCUCACCUCUACCGUCUCUUUCUCUUUCUCAGAGGCCACGUCUUCCACCCUCCUUCCAACUUAUCUCCAAUCCGCGUGGUCUGCAUCUCCGACACGCACGACACGGAACUAUCGCUCGAAAAAAUCCCAGAGGGGGGAGAAGGAGGACUGUUAAUCCACGCGGGGGAUUUAACUGAUGAUGGGUCCAAAGAGGGGAUUCAGCGGCAAUUGGAUUGGUUAGGUGAAGUUAAGAGGCAGAAGGGGUUUGAAAAGGUGUUGGUGAUCGGGGGGAAUCAUGAUGGGUGGUUUGAUGAUCGCCCGGAGGAGGGCGCGAGGAGGGUGUUGACUGGGAGUGUUUUUGGGGACAUGGAUGGUGGUGAUGGGAAGUUAAGGUGGCCUGAGGGGGUACAUUAUCUGGAUGGAAUGGGGAUGGGGAUGGGUGGAAACGGAGGUGAAGGUGAAGGUGAAGGGGAAGGGGUGAUGACGAUUGCGUUCUUUGAGGGGAAGGCGAAGGGGAGGAAGUUGAAUGUUUGGGGAUGGGGAGGGGUGCCGAGGUGUGGUGGGCCGGAGCAUGCAUUCCAAUACGACCGCCCCGAUCACCCCUGGACGAACCGCAUCCCCCUCGAAACCGACAUCCUAAUCACGCACACCCCUCCCCGCCACCACCUCGACCUCGACCUCGGCUGCGCCGGCCUUCUCGCUGAGCUCUGGCGCGUCAAGCCUAAGCUACACGUCUUCGGCCACAUCCACUGGGGCGCCGGCAGCGAAGCCGUCUACUACGACGAGUGCCAGCGGGCGUACGAGUCGCUCAUGGCGCGCGGCGCUGACGUUCCGUUUCCGCCGGCUUUUCCCUCGUUGUUUUCUUUCCCGCCGGCUUCUUCAGCCUCUGUUCAGUCUGCCUCGCCGAAUCAGGAACCUUCCAAGAUGCUGGUGAAGCAGAGGCCGACGAAUUUGGUGAAUAUCUUGCUGUUGCCGGUUUAUUUUGGGGUGGCGUUGAGUUUGUAUCUGGUGGAAAUUAUUGAGAGAGUCGGGAUGGACCUGAUGGAUGCCGCAAGGGUGAUUUGGUAUGGGGCCACUGCUGUUGUUUGGAAGUGGGUUAUGCAAGGGCCGGGGACGAAUAAUGGGGGUCUGUUGGUGAAUUCCAGUGUUACUUAUGGGAAUACGGGAAGGGUGGUUAAUCCUGUUCAGGUUGUUGAGUUGUGA